AUAACAGAUGUCCUUUCCCAGCCACAUUGCCGACGCUACUUAGAGCCGGUCCCAUUUGCUGCAGCAGAGCCAUUAUUUACAUGCAUAUACCUGUUUCUACAUGUCACACCUUGAUCGCUAGCUUUCGAAGUCCGUCAAAAUCCGUUUUUCUUGUCUGGAAGGCUUGGGGCUGGCUAGCUCUUCAGCUUCGUCCUCCUCCAGCCUUGAAAUGGGAAAUUGUGUCCGCUGUAGGACGUCCCGGAACUCCCGUCCCUCGGACUCGGCACAUCACCGAACGACAGGCGCACCUGUCAGAGUCAACACACGUCAUCUCGACCAGCAGACAAGCGACUCGCCUCGCAGUCAACGUGCGACGUUCUUUUGAACCUGUGGUAUUCUGGCAAGUCCUGCACUCCGCCGGCACCUCCACAGAGUCCACACAUGAUGACGUCCCUCAGUCUUGGAACCCAAGCAUUACCACCUUGGGAAUGUAUCGCGGCGAAGCCCUUGAUCACAUUCGUUCAUACUACAUUGCCACUGAGGGGUACAAAUCGGCUUCAUUCCUUUCAAAUGCCAUCUGACCGAUGUUUCGAACCGGCAUUCUCAAGCUGAUUUAUUCGCGAAAUCGCUGACUUUCGCGCUCUGAUCCGU